CACUUCCAGCACAAUCACUUCCAGCACAAGCGCUUCCAGCACAAUCACUUCCAGCACAAGCGCUUCCAGCACAAUCACUUCCACCACAAGCACUUCCAGCAGAAGCAUUUCCCACACAAGCACUUCCAGCACAAGCAGCACCACAAGUGCAACCGCAACAAGUUCAACGCACACAACCGUUACGACAACACGCACACAACUGCCAGAAACUGGCAUCACUCAAGAUCAACUGGAGUCUCUCGAGGAGCAACGAAAAGAGGAAGCUGCUGCAGCAGUGGCUGCAGCAGAAGCUGCUGAAGAUGCUGCAGUGCAGGAUGCCCUGAAACUGCUCAACAUGUCGCCACCACCGCCUGGCCUUUUGGGCCAAGUCUCUAUUGUGACUGAUGCCGGCCCAGUCCAAGUUUCAGCACUCUCAAUCGAAUCCCUUGCAGAUGCUGACGGCCCGGCAGAAAUCAGUGCUGGUGCAGAAACAGGUGCUUCCCUGGAGAUGAGCUUAGGGCUUUUGGAAGAAGUUGCAGGAGCAGCAGGAGCAGGAAACGGCAUGAUCCUGCUCAGUAUAGCCGGUCUCAACGAAGACGCCACAUCCAGCCUUGCAACGGACGACGUUCGCGCCGAGCCCGGGGCUAGGCGCUUGGCGUCGACGGCGUCGGUGCUGCGGUCCCGACCAAUCAGCAUCAAUUUCCGGAGCGCGGAUGGAACAAAGAUUAACGUGCAGAAUUUGACCACUCCAAUGAAGAUGCGGCUCAAAGUUGAGGAUCCAAAUGCGACCUGUGCGUAUUGGGACGAGUCUGCUGCUCAGUGGUCCUCUGAAGGGGUGCAGACGCUCUCCUCCGAGGAGCCUGGAUUCAUUCAGUGCAGCACCACCCAUCUCUCGAUCUUUGCUGGCGUGAUGGAGGUGAUUCUGCAGAACGUGCUGCUUCUCGUGGAUUGCAGUACCUUGGGUCUUCUCAUCCAACUAGAGGCUCUUGAGAAACUCAUGGAUGGGGAAUGGUUUGGGCGACCUGCUGCAUGGAUGCCGGGGCUGAUGGCUGUAGUGUUUGGAAUUCUGCUGGGGGUUGCAGCAUGGGUUGAUGAAUGCAGUAUAGAAGAACUUCCGUUGGAAGAGAGGGAGGACUUGCUCUUCCGCCGUGGUGUAGCUGCAGGAGGACUUAUUCGUAGAGGAUGUGACGUUGUCUUGGGAUUCUUUUUGUGGCUGAGAGGCUGCUUGACAUACAUAUGUGGAUGCGCUGGCAAUUCCAUUGAAACCAGACCGGUGACAGCAGGCAGAGCCCAAAGGGUGUUGCAAGCGAUUCGUCCAUGGGCAUUGGAGUUAUUGGCAUUUGCUCGACGCAGCUUACACUGGGUUGUCCACUAUUCCAUUGGACUGCUGGUAGCUCACAGGAGUGCGAUUGACCGAGACACAGCUUAUAUCCUCCAAACCGCUUUGAGUAACUGGGCCCAGGUAGAGAAAAACCAGGUACCUGCUGGGGCGGCGCCGUCGAAUGCAGAAAAUGCAGAAAAUGCGAACCGAGGGAGCAGGACAACUGAGACAUCCUUCCCUGGAGAAAUGCGAAGGCCAAGAAUCACGCUGCGGAGAUUGAUGCCAGCGUGGUGGCAGAACUGCCUGAGGUCGAAUGCAGAAAAUGCAGAAAAUGCGAACCGUGGGAGCAGGACAACUGAGACAUCCGGGCGUGAAACCGUCCCUGGAGAAAUGCGAAGGCAAAGAAACACGCAGCACUUCGUGCAGGAAUCGAUACAUGAAUUCCAUGCUCCGCGGACGUCCUUGACCAAGGCACGGGAGCUGAAUCGAGGUCUAGGAUCCCGUGGAGCAGUUGCUGCGACCCAAUUCUUGAACGUCAACUUGCUGAUGCGCGUGGAGCUACUAUUCCCAGCAGUCCACGAUUGGUUCGCACUGAAUCAGUUCAGCAUUGCACGUUCCCAUGUCACCCGGGUAGCGCUGCUUUCUAUGAAGGUCUUUAGUGGCUGUGCCUUUGACGCUGUGUUGUUUUCAUCUACCGCAGAGCCGGGCUUCAAUGACGAGAAACCAGAAUGCAGUCCGGCAUUGGCCAGCUGGAAGUAUGUGGGGCAAGCAGUCAUCACUGGCCUUGCGUCCACCCUCCUGAGUGAUGUCGUCAUCUGGAUACUAUCUUACAUUCUCAGUGCGACUAUCGAAGAGAGACCAGCAUGGACGACCAAAGAUUGGAGUGCACGACUGAGAUGGUCGAGGUGGAGGACGCGUUGCUUCUUGUGCUUUGCGGCCUCCUACGAUCUCGCCUGCUUGAUCUACGUUUACCUCUUCAUUGCCAACGCCAGAGAGGGGGAUUCUACGCAAUUGAUGCUGGCAAUCCUCUGGGGGCUGUUUCAGGAUGGCCUCGGGAAGCCGUUGGUGAUGGCCGCAAUCCUGGCGAUCGCGUCAAGUCUGGCGCUAUGGUUGUUUCCGGAAAUCUCAGGGGAAGUUGGAAAUAAGUGGCCGGAACCUAAAGAGGAUGCAUCAGAGAGCCGUCCGGCUACACGGCCUGGUCCCCCAUCAUCACAACCCCCGGAGG